UUCUUUAUUUUUAGGCCAGUGUAUUUGGCCGGAAGUUACAACCUGAUCCUUCUAAAAUCUAGAUUACAACCAGACUCGAAUCUACUCUAGAUCUAGACGAGAGUGAGUUGCAUUCUGCUUGACAAUUAAAGACACUAGUGCUAUAGAAUGUCAAGUCCACAAGACAUCCCACAGACUCAAGCGUUCAACAAUGCUCAGAUUUCUGAGUCUCCUGGCAGAAGGUUUCUCAUACCUAGUCCUAUUCCAACAAGGAGAACAAGAACAAAAUCUAUGUCGGAGCGAGCAGCUGAAGGUCCAACUUGUAAAGGUGUAGUCAAAAGUUUCUGUAGACAAAAAGGUCAUGGAUUUAUCCACCAAGAAGAUGGCAAAAAGGAAGACAUAUUUGUCCACAUUUCAGACAUUGAAGGUGAAUGGGUGCCUAAAGAAGGUGAUCAUGUGACUUUUAAAACAGUGACAAUCCCACCAAGAAAUGAAAAACUUCAAGCUGUCCAUGUAGUGAUCACACAUUUGAAGCCUGGAGUACUGCAUGAAAGAUGGGAUUCUCCUGUGCCGACAUCACCAGAAAAAUAUGCAGAUUAGUUAGCUUUUUAAAAUGUACAAACUACUAAAAACUGGAAUGCUUAAAAUCCAAGAUUUAAAAUUUUCUAGGAGCUAAUACAUUUUUUGCACUUUGAUCAUUUUGCUAUAAAGAUGUCUAUUAAAGUUACAUCUAAAUUUUUUCAACAUUAAUUUGAAUGUUGUUUGCAAAUACGUACAUUCAAAAAUUAAUAACAGUAAAGGAUGAUGAUGCAAUUAAACAGGAUAUAUGCAAAAUGAUUUUGAUAGCAAAUUAAUAGCAUUCAUUUAAAUAAUAGGGCGACUGUCUUUUUUUUUUCUUGGCUCGAAAACCUGGAUUGUAAACUAUGUUUUUAUCAUGUUAAAUUUUUACACAUUUUUUAUUUCUUAAACAAGUUUAUAUAUGUAUAUUUUAUUUUUUUUUUGCAUUUAUGUCUCUUUGGUGAGUUUCAGUUACUUGUUACGCAUUUUGUACAAAAAUGUAUUGUUGACAUUUUCUUCCAUAUUCUCUUGAUCAUUUCUGUGUCAGUUUUGACAAUGGUUGUUUCUUUACUUUGGAAAAGUCUUAUGGGUCCAGGAAAGGUUUGAACAGCGUUGCCUGCAUAAAGCCACCAAUAAUUCUGAUUAUGACGGGUCUCAUCUAAAGUUAAGAAUUAUUUGUGCUCACUGAAUUAGUAUUAUUUACAUUUCAUUAAGUACUAUUAAAGAAAUUUGAAAGAAAAAACAUUAGUAGUCAUAUUGUUUUUAUAGUCAUCAUUAGUUGUAUGCAAUAUAAACAUAAUAUGUAUAUAGCUCACCAAUCAUAGCAGUGUUGUGUUUCAAACUAUUUGUUCUUAUAAUUUUGUACAGCUGGUAACAACUUUGAUACUGUUAUCUUCUUCAGUCACUAAAUCAACUGUAGAUGUGUAUACCAAUAACACAACAGUGUUCCACUAACAAAUCAUUAUUGUGCUGUAUUAUUGUAUUACUAAAUAUACUUGCAAUAUAUCUUAUAGUAAUUGUUUGUCCUUACUUAAGCUGACAGGCUAACUAACUCAACAGCAAUACUUGUUGCCAUUUUGUCAUUGUUUCAUCAGAUUUAAUUCCACCCAAAAUGAAAAGCUCUCAUUCAAGAAAUUAGAACUAUCUUUUGACAUAAAAGUAUUUGAUUACAAAGAGUAGGCCCAGUAGUACUUAUGAUUGACAAGAGAGAAAAGAAUACUAUUUAGUUUCAUUUGUUAAUGAGUGAAUGGAAGGCAUGCACUUUUUCCUUGCUGAGUGUAAUGUUUAGACGAGUGAUUUUGAAGUGCCUAACUUGUAAGAAAUAAAUGCUGGAUUACAAAAUGUAA